CCGACCAAUGAGUGCUUUUGAAUGUUUGAAUGAGAAAGGAGUCUCGGUAUCUUUCCAUCAAACAUAACAGAGUAGAAAAGCAUCCAAGUGACAAACUUCGGGAAAAAUUAAGCCUGAAAAUGGCUUUAUCUACCACGGACAUGACAUCGGGGAUUGAUUCCGAGGCCGCUCUGGGAAGUCCUAAUCGAAGCCGGAUAUCCCAGAACCUAAAACUUCGUUUACCAGCAUUAGGUUCAGGUCGGAAAGUCAAGGAAACCGAGGAGGAUUGGCCAAAUUUAGGACAUCCUGAUGAGAUGCUACUCCAAGGGGAUGAGGCUGAGGACAACAAAAAUCUAGGUGUCAUGGAAAUGGAAUCCAUUGCCCAAAGAUUAGCCGGAGAUGGAGAGUUGCAUAAAUUGUUGACCCAUGAAAAGAUGAGGAAUGAAGUUCAUAAAUCUAAUUACGAGAAACUCAAGGCUGAAUUCUUAAAACUGUCUCAUGAGAAUCGAGCCCUUUGCUCAGAGGUGGCAAAGCUAGAAACCAAGAACUCGGUUCAGGAGGACGCGAUUCAAAGUGUUCGGAUAUCCUCCAGCGCAUCCAUUCAAAAACUUCGAGACCAAAUGAAGGCUUUGCUAGUCCAAAUCCCUUCAGAGGCUGAACAUAUUGAUCUGGAAGCCAAAUUAGCUUCCCAAAUGGAGGCAAAAUGGCGUUCUCAUCUCCAGGAAAUUUGUGAAGAGACGGAAGCUCUCAAAUUGAGUGUCCAAAACCUCCUCACAGAGAACCUAGGACUCAAAACUGCCCUCCAUCAUCUUGGAGACGAGUCCGGGAAAGUGCUGGAUGAAUGCCACUUGAAAUACUCGAAGCAGGUCCAAAACCUUCAAUCCUUGAACAAAACCUUGGACUCAAACCGCGGCCCAGAACUAGACAAAUUGCGGAUAGAGGCAACGAAACUGAAUCAGGAGAACCUCAAACUGAGAAGUAAGGUCCAGUUUCUGGAGACAAACCUGGAGGAUAGCGUGGCUACGAUUCGGCACAAGGAUAUUGCCAAUGCACGAAUCAUAACGGAGAGAUCCAAAUCGGAAUCCUUGUCGUCGGGCAAGAUUAGGAAGUUGGACGCCGAGAAAAUGGAGUUGGAGAACAGCUUAAAGAAGAGCCAAAACGAGUUGACCAAGGCCAAAUUGGCCACGCAAGACCAUAUUACAGAGAUCAAUCUCCUCAAGAAUGAAUUGAACUCGCUUAAAAAUCAACUCCUCGAGAAAGAAAACUCACAGUUGUUGAUCCUGAAUCAGCUGAAAGUGAAUAUUGCCAAAGAGAGAAGCUCGCUUCAAACGGAAAUUGACUCCCUGACAAAACGUGUUAAACAUUGGAAAAGUGAGCAAGUUAAAAAGUCCACGGAAAUGGAAAGCCUGAAGCAAGACAUGGAGAAAUUAAGCCGUCAACAAGAUGAGAGCAUGAACACACAAAAGGCCCAUUUUGCCGCCCAAGUUGGCCAGAUGGAGUCCAGAUUAAUGGAGCUUAGCGCCGUAAACAAGAGCUUACAGCGCCAGUUAAGAGCCAAAGAGGUCUCUACUGGAACAUCUUGUGAACACAAUGAGGAAUUCGAAGCCAAGCUGAAAGCUUGGACUUCCGAGCGAUCUAUUCUAGAGGAAAAUUUAGAGCGUUGCCGGCAAGAAAAUUCCAUUCUCACCCAAAAGCAUAAGGAGAUGGUGGUGAACAAUCAAUCUUGUACACAACAAGUAAACGAUCUCAAGUGCCAGAUUGCCCAAUUUCAAAACGAAGCAGCACAAGCCAACUCUCGACGAAAAAUGGAAAAGAUGGAACCUCAUUCCGAAAUGGAAAAAGCCAAGAGACCAUUAGAUCCGCCUGAAACAAAAAUCCCAAAGAAGGAGGACGUGAGAGAAAAUUCAACGCAAACUGAGGAUGCCAUGUUGCUAAAGGAUGACCAAUUGAAAACUCAAUUGCAAGAACUGGAAGCUAAGCACAAGUUGUUCCAAUUGGAAUUAUUUUCAAGACCCAAUAAGCCCAAAGAUACCAUGUUAUGACGAGAGUUGUUCACGUUGCAUUGUGAUUGCAUUUAACUAUAAAAUCACUGAAAAUACUGGUUAUUGACUGGUGUGGCCUUUCUUUGAGACGGUUUCCGCCAUAAAGUUUAUUCUCGCCAUCAAAAUUUGACGAGUGGGAAAUAUGAUCAAGGUCGGUUCAGAAUCGCUCACAUUAAGAAGUGAUUUCUUAAACAUGAAGGACAAAGUUUCUCUAGUCUUGAUUUUGGCCGUUUGUACCAUUGAAACCAAAGCACAAGUCCCAAACGCAACACCCUCUACCGAAUUGCAUCUGGCGGCCUCCGGGACUGACCCAAGUCCAACCGUUGCAAAUUCAGCAUCACCAAAUUCAGAUGAAUCUGACCCAAUCGCAUCAAGUGAAACGGCCUCAAGCUCAACAGAUUCCGAUCAAAACCCAACAGAUCGACCGGCAUCAACAACUCCAACGGCUCCAAUGUCAAGCUUUUCAUCUUCAAUCAUGACGAAUUUAUCCACAACCAAUGACGCGGCCUCAACUCCAAUCGGUUCCAUUGAAACUGUGCCACCACCGAUUGCCCAUAGUUCCACUAUCGUUCCAACAGCAAAUUCGCCCUCCCCAAGUUCCAAUGUAGUGACACCCAUGGCAAAUUCUUCUACACUAAGUUUCAAUAAUGGAGCAUCCACUGUAAAUUCUUCCAUUUCAAGCUCUAGCGCUGAAACAUCCAUACCAAAUUCUUCCAAACCGAGUCAAACAAUCUCAAGUUCAACGACUCCAAUAUCAACAUUGCCCAAUUCAAAGGCACCAACUUUUCCGUCCUUGAACGCCACCAUUCUGACAUUGCCAUCGUCUUUGACUCCAGUUCCAGCCACAACUACAUCUGGGUCAUUUACUCCUAAUUCAUCUACAACUCCUCAUGGUACUUCAUUGGGAACAACAACAACAACAACAACAACAACAACAACAACAACAACAACAACAACAACAACAACAACCCUGACAACAAUGAGAACGACGACGACUCAUCUAAUGUCAACUCCCAAGCAAGCAUCUGUGGUUGACAACGUCAUCUACUUGAUUUGUCAGCUUUGCUUCCAAAUGCGCAAACCAUGUCCCUGCUUUGGACACGAGGAAGGCGUUCGAAUUCAACCUACAAUUAUACAGAAGGGAUCGUCACCUUUCCUGCAAGAUUCCUUUGAUCUAGCUCGUAUUUCCCGAUGCCGAGAUGUUCCUUCAGAAGUCGGCGGAUGUUCCAAUUUUCAAGUGGCAUGGUCCUAUGUGGGAGGCAAUAAAUGCGUUCAGUUUGUCUACAGUGGUUGUGGAUCAUCCAGCAAUGUGUUCCAAUCCAAGCGGCUCUGUCUCCGUACAUGUGGCUUGGAGUCAUCCAUGUUUUAGCUGAGACUAUUUGAAGGCUUUCAAUACCCCCAGAAAGACGUCCAUGCAUGCUUAACGCUUCAUUGUGCGCUUUCAGGACAAGUCGAGUAAGAUACGAACUUGGUGGGGGCGUGGGUUGAACUAAAAUAUGUAUUAAUGAAAGGAAAAGGUAAUGAAUACAAUACCCGAGUCGGUCUUUGAUCUCG